AUGCUUUUCCUCCCAGCUGCUGCUCUGUGCUGUCUGUGUUCAGCCCUGGUUGCCAUGGCAGCAGAGCCGACCCAGGACCAGUUAACAUUGACCAGGAGAGUUGGUCAAACAGUCUCCUUCACAUGUGAAGCAACUCACCAGUGUGAUCAUAAUUAUAUACUCUGGUACCAGAAGAAAGAAACAUUCAGCAUAAUUACUCUUAUUCAUGAGGAUAGUGGUGAAUUAUUUCCAGGUUCCAAUCAUCCUCAGAAAGAUGAUUUCUCAUCUGUGUAUAAACAGAACAGUUGGGAGUUAGAGAUAAAGAAAGUUAAAGUCGAUCAUUCAGCCUCCUACUACUGCUCCUGUCUGAACAGCGGCGGGGGCUACCUCAUCUUUGGCUCUGGAACUAAACUGUAUGUAACAGAUGAGCAGGUAGUGAAGCCCGUGGUGAGCGUGUACCCAGCAGCAUCCAGAGCCCACCUGGAGGGGAAGAGCUCUCUGCUGUGUCUGGCCUCACACAUGUUUCCUCCUGAGGUCAAGUUCUCCUGGAAAAGACAGAAGGAGGGCGGCUCUCUGGAGGAGCUGACCCCUGCUGAGGGAGAGCAGCUGGAGCUCAGAGAGUCGGGACGCAGAGCCUCCAUCAGGCUGGUGGAUAGAGAUGAUCUCUACACAUAUGAAUACACCUGCUCCGUCGAGCACGAGGGAGGCACAGUGGAGGCCAAAGCACUACAAGAGGUUCCUCAUGUCUCUCAGUACAAAGUGAAGCUGCUCUGUCUGCAGUACACAGUGCUGAUAGUGAAGAGUCUGGUGUACUGCUGUGGACUCUCUCUGCUGAUGAUCCUCAGAAACAAGGGACCGUCCACCAGCUCCACACAUGCUGACUGACUGUUUUCUGCUACUCUUUUCUCUCCA